GUGUUGCUAUAAUAUUGGUGGUGGUUGCUAAGUGGUUACCAGACGGUUGCAGUUGAGAAAGAGAAAAUCGCUGCAUUCAACUACUUAGUUGCAUCCAUUGCUGACACACACACAGCCUGUCUAAUUCCUAUAGUAGGAAAGUAUUGCCAAUAGAAUAGGACUUAAUCUUACAGAUAGCAGUAAUUUUAAAGUUGAACAGAAUGUGAGGAAUCAGUGUACCUGUUUUACAGCUAUCAUGGCUCUGGUGUUUGAUCUGAAGGCUCUGGUGGACAUGAUGUCCAUUGGGACACUGUUUGCCUACACCCUGGUGGCCAUCUGUAUCCUCAUCCUCAGAUACCAAGCAGAUCCAAAUGAGAUGAACUACGAGCAGAAGUGGAAUCUUCUACGGCCGCCGUCUUCACCAACCUCAACAAGUUCAAGCGUCGUGUCGUACCUGACCAUCUGCACCAUUGCUCUUGCAGUGGUUCUGAGUGUGAUCCUGACUAAGGGAAUACAGUCGGUGGGCGAGUGGUGGAUGAUCCUGAUCAUCACCGUAGCUCUGCUGUGUCUACUCAUCACCGUUAUCAUCAUCUGGAGGCAACCACAGAGCGGCGUCAAAGCUGCCUUCAUGGUUCCUCUGCUGCCGGUGCUUCCUGUGGUUAGCACCUUUGUGAAUGUUUAUCUGAUGGUUCAGCUGGGAGCAGAUACGUGGAUCCGCUACGCCGUCUGGAUGGCAAUAGGUAAGAUGAACAUCUCAAGCUGGGGUUUCCACUGUUGUGUUGGAAAGUUUUUUUAACAAAUUAAACCAAAUCAAAUCCAACAAAUACGACUAAUGUUCUCAUCUGAGGGCUGAAACUACAGUACGUCAGUUUCA